UCUGAAAACAUGAAGACUCAGAUUGUUGGUGUGUGUUUGGCAAUCCUCGGUUUUCUUGGCACCAUCCUCAUCUGUGCGCUGCCCAUGUGGAAGGUGUCGGCAUUUAUACAGUCAAACAUCAUCACUGCUCAGGUGUUUUGGGAAGGCUUAUGGAUGAACUGUGUGUUCCAGAGCACGGGUCAGUCACAAUGCAAAAACUAUGACUCAAUUUUGGCUUUACCACAAGAGCUGCAAGCCUCCAGGGCUCUAAUCUGCGUGUCUAUUGCUGUCAGCGUGGUGGCCAUCGGGCUCACAGUGGUUGGAGCUCGAUGCACUUCUUUCUUUGAUUAUGACCAACUGACCAAAUCCAAUGCCGGCAUUGCAGGAGGUGUGGUGUUUAUUAUAGCAGGGAUUGUGUGUAUUAUUCCUGUCACUUGGUCAGCUUACAGCAUCAUCACAGGGUUUUUUAAUCCUGUGGCCACAACAGGAAGACAAGGAGAGCUGGGAGCUUCUAUAUAUUUGGGAUGGGUAUCUGGAGCACUCCUCGUCAUUGGAGGAAUUACUUUGUGCACCACCUACAGAUGCUGUAGAGGAUGAGAGAGCAUGCUGUAGAACAUCCAAUACAUGCUGCAGUUAACAGUUCACAAGACAAUGUGUGCACUCUCAAAGACUUUUUUGUUUUGGGCUUUGAACUUCUAUUUUCAUCAUUUUUGUCAACCUGUAAUUGCACUAUAUUGAAAUUUUACAACAAAUCUUAAUGAAAUG